GACCAUCAUCGUUUUCGAAAAGCUCCGUUUUUGAAUUCCUCCGGUUUGAAGAGCGUUUUUCGUAAAGCUCUUUUUUCGUGACUUUUAGUGUGGACGGUACGGCGUAACCGUAGAAACAGCAGCGUUUUCAAAUUUCUCCGGCGUAAUGCGGAUGCUUCCUGAUUCUCGUACCAAGGGCUUACUUUUUAAAGCUUUCCUUUUGAACUCUUUCUUUUUGUUGUCUUCUCUUCCGUGCUUCAAGGAGACCUACAAGUAUAAUAGAUUCUUAACCGCGAGUUUUACUUUCGUCGAAUUCUUGACCGAUUAAAAAUUCUGUUCAACCUGAGGAAACCUUUCUUGGUAAAUUGUCUUCUCAGUUUGUUUCUGAUGGCUGGUGAUCCUAGCUCGCCGGAUAGGUAUUAGAACGCCUAUCACCAAACAUGGCAGUCACACGUCAUUCUCCUGCAUUGGAGACAUUCAGGAGAGGGACUGGGCGACUAACUCCUCAAGCCCGCAACACCGAUCCAGGCCUCUCUCGACAAAUUAGAAAUUCACGAAGUUAAACUGAAAUUGCGUAGGCCGGGAACACAAACAAAAAGUCAAGAGAUUUAUAAAUAAAACUGUUGUGUUGGACUCUAAUCUAAUUACGCGCUUGGAUUGUCAAUUAUUAGCGGCUUCUUUGGCUUGAGGCUGGUGUUUACCUUGUGCUAAACUAGAAUUUGUGACUUAGACAGUUCAAUUUAGAUCAAUGAACAAAAACAAACAAAGCACAUAAAAACCCUGCAGGUGAACUAGAGUGAAUAAGCAAUUUUAACCAAAAGAGACACAUCAAAGAAAAUAAACACAAGUAUCAAUUGAGAGGCACAGCUCCAACUGUUUCGACGCACAAUAAAAUAUCACCGACGAUUCGAAGUUUGCUUAAAAACAACGCCAGUUGCUCGUUUAUUCCAAUUCUCGCUUUACUCGAGUAGACUAUAAACAAACUCUUUUGAAAAGAGUUUCGCGAUGCAAUAAACGUGUCACCCAACAGAUCAAGCUUAAACAAUCCUUUCAGUGUGUGAUUUAAUUAAAACUGGGACACCUUUGCUCCUAGAACAAGGAAUUGCGCGGUUAUCAAGAUUGACAAGAUUCACUGAGAUUUCGAACAUUUGCGUCAGCGUUUUUGUGAUCGACGCGAAACAAAACUUCACCAGGACACUCGGGCUCUAACUAUCCCUAAACAAAAUGGCUAGCAAAAUCUCCUCUACUGGCGACAAUUUAUUCGACGUUUUAAGAAGCGAUAGGAUCACAAUCAACGUUGGAGGAUAUCGGCAUAACACGUUUUUGACAACCUUAAAAAACGUCCCGGACACAAGGCUCUCGUGGAUAGCGGAAAACCACCCAAACAGCCCGGAUUAUGACCCGGUGUUAGGCGAGUAUUUUUUCGACCGACAUCCGCGUAUAUUUACCGAGGUAUUGAACUAUUAUCGCAUCGGAAAGCUGCACUGUCCGGUGGAUGUUUGUUCGGCGCUAUUUCAAGAGGAGUUAUCUUACUGGGGUAUCAACGACCGAGAUAUCGAGCCCUGCUGUUGGGUUUUAUACAAGAGGCAGAUGAACACCGAAGAAACACUGAAAACAUUUCAUCUCGACAACGCCAGGAAAUCCUCCGGCGAUUGCGACAGUGCAAAGGCAGAAGGAAAAAGGACGAUUGCAAGUUUGUUUGGUUCGGAGACAAUCAUGAAGACAGAUUUUAGAGAAAGAUGGAGUCGAUUUCGACCAAAAGUAUGGGCACUGUUAGAUGACCCUCGUUCGUCUCUCGCAGCCAAGGUUUUCAUUGGCUUAACAAGUCUGUUUAUUGUGGUCUCCGUCACGCAAUUCUGUCUUAGUACCGUGACAGCCAUCAAAGAAAACAACACACCAAUGCGCAUACUCCGAACUCUGGACGCCGUGACCUCGAUUUGGUUCACAGCAGAGUUCUUGCUUCGUCUGGUCUUCUGUCCAGAUUUCAAACGCUUUGCUACGAAUCCUAUGAACUGGAUCGAUCUUCUAGCUGUGCUUCCAUUUUACCUUUCGCUGUAUCACGUCGGGUCACGAACAUCCUGGCUUGUUGUCAUGAGAACGUUCAGAAUUUUCCGCAUUUUCAGCCUGUCGUUUUCAUUUCAAAUCUUAUUCCACACUCUGAUAUCAAGCAAGAACGAGCUGUUCCUGGUAUUCCUGAGCCUCAUUGUGCCUAUAAUUCUAUUUUCCAGUAUGAUUUACUUCGCAGAGAACGAAACCAACACAGAAAUGUUCCCAAGCAUCCCAGAAUCCUUCUGGUGGGCGAUCGUGACAGUCACUACUCUGGGGUAUGGUGACGUAGUUCCCGUGACCAAGGUGGGAAGGAUCAUCGGAGCCAUGUGCGCGAUCUGCGGCGUUAUAAUCAUUGCACUUCCGGUCUCUGUGAUUGGCAGCAACUUCAGUUACUUUUACAUGCAAGCGCGCACGCGCAUUCAACAGCCAAGGCGCUCCACCAAGAUGCCCGCGCUGUCGCACGUUCCCGCCAAUUUGAUGUACAAGCGUCUACCGCGCAGGCGCAGUGGUUCGGGAUGAGAGACGAACGGAAGUGUGCAUGGAAGGUCAGUCGUGCGGUGCGGGUCCAGUCUCAAACGAAAAACAUCGUCGCAGUAUCGGCGAAGGCCCAUUCGUAAAUCAACUGCAAAUUAUGGAACGCAAGGGAACGCUUUCGAGAUGGCGGCACUAAUGCGGCAGAAACACCGAAUGGAAACGUUUUCAGAGGAAAUUUAAACUAAAAAUUAAAGAGAGAUGUGAUUUUCUUACAGGGUAAAUAUACGACAAACGCGCCGGAUUGCCUAGUAGUGUAAUCAAACCAACAAGUCCUAUAUUCAAUUGGUAAACAAUAGAAAAUCCAUGUAGUGACCAGAUCACCAAAUAUAACCAUGGUAACGUUCAGACAUCUGGGAUUUGUGCGCUCGGUUGCAAGGUAAGGAUAAGCAGCCGAGUUUUACUGUCAGCUGGCCGAAAAAGGCUAGAGAGUGUUAUGUAUAAAAGCUGAAACAAGCCCAGAUCCGUUUACGUAGUCUCCGGUGUCCUGGCGUGGCACCCGCAUGGUUUCUUAUACGCGGGGGCAUUUCCGGUGAGAGACAAGCGUAUUGUGCACAACUGAGAGACAGGGGUCAAAAGGCGGCCCAUACAAGCGGCGUGUCUGUUUGUAUGUUCGAAAUAUAAAGAAAUGUAUGGGAAUCUUAAAGAGUCUUCAUAUCGUAAACUGAUAUCGAGUAAUGUCCUUGUUAAUAUUCCCAUACAUUUCUUUAUAUUUCGAACAUACAAACAGACACGCCGCUUGUAUGGGCCCCUGUGGUUUAAAGCUGGUUCCAUCUCCUCUCUAACGUAAACAGUUAGACAGACCCUAGACAGUUCCCCUGAAUGCGCAGGUCCUUAGCCGAGCUAUAUGCUUAGCUUGACCGUUAGACUGGGAAACAUAGAAAUGAACGUAAUCACGUGCCAAUAACAUGCACUAUUUGCUGAGAAGUAAUGAAAACCAACAGUGAGAUGAGGAAAAGUUUUCCCUCGGGUAUAACAGAAAGAUCUGCGAUCAGGGACUUUAUUUGGAGGGAGGGUAUUAUCGCUA